AUGGCGGAUGAGACAACCAGCAGCUGUGCGCUCAAGGCGCCGCGUGUGGUCAUCGUAGGCGGCGUGGCAGGCGGAGCAUCGUGCGCCACCCGCUUGCGGAGGAUGUGCGAGGGUGCGCAGAUCACCAUGGUCGAGAGGGGGCCAUAUAUUUCGUUUGCCACCUGCGGCCUGCCGUACCACGUGGGCAAAAUCAUUCCGGACGAGACGUCGCUGCGGGUGGCGACGCCCGAGCUCCUUCGCGAUCGGUUCGGCAUCAACGUGAGGGUGGAGACCGAGGCUGUGCGGGUCAACGUCGAGGAUCAGAGCGUGGCAAUCCAGACACUGGACGCCGACGGCAGCUUGGUGACGGAGGAGCUCACGUACGACUACCUGGUGCUGGCGACGGGGGCGGCUGCAGUGAUCCCGCCGUGGCCGGGCGUGGAUCUGCCGGGAGUGUUUACGCUGCGGUCGAUCCCGCACGCGCGAGUCAUUCGGGAGUGGAUCGCGGGCGCCGAAGCGGCGAUCGGCGGCUCUCGCAGAGUCCGCACCGGCAUAGUCGGUGCCGGCUUUAUCGGCCUCGAGCUUGCAGACGCGCUAGUUGCGUCGGGUGUCGACGUGGUGCUUCUCGAGUACGCGCCGCAGAUCAUGCCGCCGAUGGACCGUGAGAUGGCGGAUGCACUGCAAACACGGAUCGAGGGCGGGAGCGGCGACGCGCUGUUUGUGGCGGUCGGUGACGGCGUCAUCGGCUUCCGCAGCCGGACCUCGGGCCAUCCGCUGGAGAUUCUGACCGCCGGUCACGAGGCGUACCCGUGCGAUCUGGUGGUAGUGGCGGUGGGGGUGAAGGCCGAGUCGGGUCUGGCCCGGGACGCUGGCAUUGCGCUCGGCGCGCGUGGCGCCAUUGCGGUCGACGCGUCGUUCCGGACCUCGGAUCCGCGGGUGUUUGCGGUAGGCGAUGUGGUGGAGACCGCGGACCGGGUUACCGGUCGGCCGAUGUCGCUGGCGCUGGCCGGGCCGGCCAACCGGGCUGGGCGGAUUGUGGCCGACACCAUUGUCGGUGCCGGGCGCGCCGCGCCGACGUUGGCGGUCAGGACCGGCGCGCGCAUGCCCGGAUCGGCGCCGCUUUCGCGCGGCGUGCUCGCCACCUGGGUCUGUGGCGCGUUCGGCUUUGUGGCAGCCGGUGUUGGAGCGUCGGCGCGUGCGCUAGACGCUGCUGGCAUGGACUAUGCCGCAGCCUAUGUAGUUGCCGGCCACCACGUCGGCUACUACCCGGGUGCCAAGACGGUUGUCUUCAAGCUGCUGUACUCGAGGGCAGACGGGCGGAUUCUUGGGGCGCAGGCUGUGGGCGAGCACGGGGUGGAGCGCCGCAUCGACGUCAUCGCCACCGCCAUGCACGCGCGCGGCUCAGUGUACGAUCUCGUCGAUCUCGAGCUGGCGUAUGCCCCAGCCUUUGGCGCUGCCCGCGACAUUGUCAACAUGGUGGGUAUGGUGGCGGUCAACGACCUCGAUGGCAUCGAUCCGCUGGUGAGGUGGGGUGAGGGCGGAGCACUGCCCGAUGGCGUCGACCUCGUUCUCGACGUCCGCGGUGCCGAUGAGGUGGUGGACGCGCCGCUGAACGGCGCCAUCCACGUUCCGCUCCACGAGCUCCGAUCUGUGCUUGCUGAUGAGGCAGGCGUGCUGGCUGGUGUUGGAGAUCAGGUUGUGGGCGUGGUGUGUGCCGUCGGGCGACGGGCGCACGUCGCGACGUGCCUCCUGCGGUCCGCCGGCAUCGACGCCCGGACGGUGACUGGCGGUAUGGCGGUGAGGGGACAGAGGUAAACGGUAGGGGGCGGG